AUGAGCCAAUCACAGCACGUCCCUUCAGCGCGGCCACAGCCCGCCAUGGGGCGCUACGAUGGCUCCCACGACGAGCUGCAUAUGGCCGCAGGUGCGGGCUCGCAAAUGUCGGUUCCUCCUCUUCGCGACUAUCCUCCCCAGUUCAAGUUUGACCACGCGCCGCCGCCGUCGUCUGCGCCGCCUCCGCGUCUCUCUUCAGCGAGUGCCAGCGCCAGCGCCAGCAUCUCCGCCGUUCCCAACGUCCUGCAACCUGGUGGCAUGGCAUCGCGGCAUCAUCCAAUGUCGUCCAACACCACUCCCCAGCUGCCCGGCAUGCAUCCCUCAAUGCCGUCCCAGCACGGCCUCGCGCAGCAGCCUCAUUCCCAGCAGCAGUCUCCGAUGCAGGAAUUCCCCCCCGUCGGCAAGCCUCCGCUGAGCCUGUCCCAUAGCUACUCGCGCUCCAGCCCCGCCGCCGGCUACGAUGCUGCCUCGUCCUCCUCGUACCAUGCCUAUACGCCGACCACGCCCGGCGGCUCCGCGUCGCAGUUUGCCUCGACGCCCGAUGCCAACAAGUAUGGCCCUCCCGGCUCCCAGCGCAACAUCUCCAACACGCCAUUGGGCCUGGCCGACAUUCGUCCCCGCGCCGACUCGAGCAUGUCAGAUAGCUCCCCCAGCGGCAUGAGCUACGACGUCGUAAACACCCAACCUGGCCCCAGCAACUAUCUCGCACCAUGGGCGGUGUAUGCCUUUGAUUGGUGCAAAUGGAGACCCCAGGGCAAUGGUGCCGGCAAGAUUGCUGUCGGCAGCUACCUUGAGGAUGGACACAACUUUAUUCAAAUUCUCGAUUCCCACGUUGUCCCUACGCCACAAGAUGUCUACACACCUGGCGCUUCCAAAUACAGCCUCGAAUUCACAAAGCUUGCUGAAGCUACACACUCGUACCCCGUAACCCGUCUCCUCUGGGAGCCGCCGUCCUCGCAGAAACAGUCGACAGAUCUUUUGGCCACCUCGGGCGAUCAUUUGCGACUUUGGUCCCUACCAUCCGAGACGCCAUCGAACCCUGGUAAUAACAUUACUCGCAGUGGUCCACGAGAUCCUGCCACCGCCAAACUGACCCCUCUUGCGCUGUUAUCAAACUCAAAGACGCCUGACCACACCGCUCCUCUAACAUCUCUCGACUGGAAUACCGUUUCUCCUAGCCUCAUCAUUACCUCUAGCAUCGACACCACUUGCACAAUUUGGGAUAUUCCCUCAUUGACGGCCAAGACGCAGCUAAUUGCGCACGACAAAGAAGUUUACGAUGUAAGAUUUUGCGCCAACAGCGUCGAUGUUUUUGUCAGCUGCGGCCAAGACGGCAGUGUGCGCAUGUUUGAUCUCCGCAGUCUUGAGCACUCAACCAUCAUCUAUGAGCCUACUGGAAAGGACGACCGACUUGAUGGCUCAGGGCGCACCAGUCCUACUCAAGCCCAGCAAACUAUGGCCAACCCUCCUCCUCUGCUGCGUCUUGCCACAUCUCCACACGAUACCCAUCUCCUGGCUACAUUUGCCCAGGACUCCAAUAUUAUUCGCGUCCUUGACGUACGGCAGCCUGGCCAGGCCCUUCUCGAGCUGCAAGGCCAUACCGGGUCAAUCAACUGCCUGGAGUGGUCUCCUCUCCGACGUGGCACUCUGGCUUCUGGCGGUGACGACUGUCAGGUUCUGAUUUGGGACCUCAUCAACUCAGGCUCUUCCAUGGUCCCCGCGAACGGGUCGCAGGAGAAUACGCGAAGCCCUGUUGCUAGCUUGGAAUGUGAAUAUGAAGUAGGCAACUUGGGUUGGACGCCACACCUGCAAGGCCACGACUACGGCGAAUGGCUGGGUGUGAGUGCUGGACGAGGCAUCUGGGGUGCACGCCUCAACUAA